GAAGCUCCUCUCACAGAUCUGCUCCCCUCAGCUCUACCCUCCACCUCUCACGCCUUUCUUCAGCCUUCUCAUCCUCAGGAACCAUGUCUUGCAAAUCCAUCGUGAGGAGCCAAAGCAGCGGCCGCCGGGGCUUCAGCGCCAGCUCAGCCAGAGUGCCCGGGGUCUGCCGCUCUGGCUUCAGCACUGUCUCCGUGUCCCGCUCCAGGGGCAGUGGUGGCCUGUCUGGAGUGUGUGGAGGAGCUGGUUUUGGCAGCCGCAGCCUCUAUAGCCUGGGGGGCUCCAAGAGGAUCUCCAUCGGUGGUGGAUAUGGCGGCGGAGUUGGGGCUGGCUUCGGCUUUGGAGGUGGAGCCAGGAGUGGAUUUGGUUUUGGUGCUGGUAGUGGUGGCUUUGGGCUCGGUGGUGGAGCUGGCUUUGUUGGGGGCUAUGGGGGCUCUGGCUUCCCUGUGUGCCCCCCCAGAGGCAUCCAAGAGGUCACCAUCAACCAGAACCUCCUCACCCCUCUGAACCUGCAAAUCGACCCCACCAUCCAGCGGGUGAGGACCGAGGAGCGGGAGCAGAUCAAGACCCUCAACAACAAGUUCGCCUCCUUCAUCGACAAGGUCCGAUUCCUGGAGCAGCAGAACAAGGUGCUGGACACCAAGUGGACCCUGCUGCAGGAGCAGGGCAUCAAGACUGUCAGGCAGAACCUGGAGCCUUUGUUCGAGCAGUACAUCAGCGAGCUCAGGAGACAGCUGGACAGCAUCCUGGGGGAGAGAGGCCGCCUGGACUCAGAGCUCAGGGGGAUGCAGGACCUGGUGGAGGACUUCAAGAGGAAGUAUGAAGAGGAGAUCAACAAGCGCACAGCAGCCGAGAAUGAAUUUGUGAAUCUGAAGAAGAAUGUGGAUACUGCCUACAUGAAUAAGGUUGAACUACAAGCCAAGGUCGACUCGCUCACAGAUGAGAUCAACUUCCUAAGAGCCUUCUAUGACGCAGAACUGGCUCAGAUGCAAACCCACAUCUCAGACACGUCUGUGGUCCUCUCCAUGGACAACAACCGCAACCUGGACCUGGACAGCAUCAUCGCUGAAGUCAAAGCCCAAUAUGAGGAGAUUGCUCAGAGGAGCCGGGCUGAGGCUGAGUCCUGGUACCAGUCCAAGUAUGAGGAGCUGCGGGUCACAGCGGGCAGGCACGGAGAUGACCUGCGCAACACCAAGCAGGAGAUCUCCGAGAUCAACCGCAUGAUCCAGAGGCUGCGGUCUGAGAUCGACCACGUCAAGAAGCAGUGCGCCAGCCUGCAGUCUGCCAUCGCUGAUGCCGAGCAGCGUGGGGAGAUGGCCCUCAAGGAUGCCAGGAACAAGCUGGCCGAGCUGGAGGAUGCCCUGCUUAAGGCCAAGCAGGACAUGGCCAGGCUGCUGAAGGAGUACCAGGAGCUCAUGAACGCCAAGCUGGCCCUGGACGUGGAGAUUGCCACCUACAGGAAGCUGCUGGAAGGCGAGGAGUGCAGGCUGAAUGGGGAAGGCGUUGGACAAGUCAACAUCUCUGUGGUGCAGUCCACCGUCUCCAGCGGCUAUGGCGGUGCCGGCGGUGUCGGCAGUGGCUUGGGCCUGGGUGGAGGCAGUGGCUAUGCCUACAGCAGUGGUCACUGCCUUGGAGGUGGCUUCAGUUCUGGCAGUGGCAGAGCCAUAGGCGGUGGCCUCAGCUCCUCUGGGGGCAGCAGUUCCACCAUCAAAUACACCACCACCUCCUCCUCCUCUUCCAGCAGGAAGGGCUACAGGCACUGAAGUCCUGCCAUGUGCUUUUGGUCCCACAAUGUCUCUGGCCCCCUCUCCAGCUGGACUGCCCUCUCCUCCCGGUGCUUCCUCUCUCCUGCUUCCUUCUUCUCUUACUCUUUGCGUUAGAAUGUGAGGUUGCUGCGUGCCCUCCCCUCCUCUCUGCCAACACCUACUCCACCUGAGCUUUCAUUGUUCAACACUGGAAGGUCAUUGCCUGGGUUCUGAUCCAGAUCCGAGCAAUUCCCCUUGCUCUCCAGUUGUCCAGGAUUCCCCAUCUUACAGGUGUUGCGUCUUCUCUUUUGAUGUUCAUGAAAGCACAAAUGACUAGUUCUAUGAUGUACAGGGUCUGGAUCCCUGUGAUGCUUCCUCUGCUCUCUGCUCACUUGUAAUUGCUAAAUAAAGCAGAUUCAUAAUACAA